GGGAACCCCCCAAUCGUCUGGGGUUUGGGAAGAGGGGUGAAGCUGUGUCCCCAGAACUUGCCUCUUGAGACCUUCUCCCCGGCGGUUGAAUGAGAGGGGCGAGGAAGGAGGUUGGCUGAGGCUUCAGCAAGCCUGGGGUCUCCUGGCCUCAGAGGAAAUUGUCUCGGCUCGCAGAGGCGCUGCGUCUGGCCGUCCCCCGGACCAUGCUGGCUCGGCUCGUUCUGAGUCCCUCCAGGCGCGCCAGCCGACUAGGGAUCCCGGAGCUCUCCGGGCGUGGGCAGCGCAGCCUUGGCGCAGCGCGCCAGGCCAGGCACCCGCUGCGUUCCCUUCUUGGUUCUCUCUGCAGCCGCCAGUCACUUGAAACUAACUUCGCCCAAGUUUCCUGCGCCGGCGCCGCAGCGCCUCUCUGGGCGCUCUGGCCUGGGAGCGUGCGCCCGCGUGCGCGCCUCGCCCGGGGCCCGCUCUCCUCUGUCCUCAGGCCGGAGCCGAGCAGGCGCUGGGGCCGAGGUGCUGCAGGAGGAGAUUUAAGCAAAACCCGCCAUCACCUCGGUUCGCAGGUCCGCGCUGGAGCAGCUCCCACUGUCCCCACUGCCGCAGGGCAGCGGGCCCCUUCCCAGCCCAGGCCGCUACGCCGCCGCUCCGGAAGCGGCGGGGGCCCUCGGCACCCGCUCAGGUUUAGGCGAGUGGAGAGUCCGAAGCGCGCCGCGGAGUCUGCGCACUGUUUGGCGUUGGCCACCCCCGGUGUCAUCCCGGCUACCCUGGCAGGGCCGGAGCAGCUGCACCGGUGGCGGCGCUGGGAGCCUCUGCCAGGAAGAAGGGGGCACGCGCAAGGAAGACAGCCUUUCGAACUACGGAGGAAGAGGGUUAAGCCUCGGGAAACGGGGAGGAUCAUCCUUGAAAAUGUUUGAGACUAUUCCUAGCAAGAAAGUGCCCAUUUUCCUCGGAGGGCCAGAUGUUGCUUGCGACAGACGCUCUCCGCAGGUCCUUGCACUGGUGAUGCGCUCAGUCAGAGGUAGUGGAAUGAAAAAUAGUUCAGAAGGUUUAAGUGUCCUCUUGGCAACCCUUUCCAAAAGGAGCUAGCCCAGACUGAGAAUAUGCAUUCUUGACUACUCAGGUUUUUGAAAAUUCUGGUUUGCUUUGCUUUGUUUUGCUUUUAUCCCGGUCUCCAAGAAGCAUCAAUAUGCUGAUCUCUUUAAGGUACAGUUAACUUACAGUAUCUCAUUUAAAUGCACAGAUAGGGCAAAGGUGUUUAAAGUCAAAGUAUAAAUUGUUUCUCUGAAUAAAAGAAGUAAAACAUACCAAUCCUUCUAUGGAAAUAUUUUUAUGCUGUUAAGUAGUUUUCUUAAUUUAGUCGUUGGGCAAUUUUUUCUUUAGAACGGACAUGGUGCUGACAUCAAACAGGGUAAUUCCGUGUGCAUGUUUUUUCUCACUUCUUGGUAUGCUGCAACACACUUAGAACAUGAUCUGUCUGGAGGGUUUAUUCAGAAGGUGACCUGCCCUUCAGGGAGAACUUGCUUGCCUUCUUUCUUUGGCAGUUUGGAUGUGACCUAGCUCUGUGGUAUGUGCAAGUAGGAACUUCUAUAAACGGUGAACUCUUCAAGUCUUUCUGUGGUUUAUGUUCAAAUUAUACGCAGACACAUGCAGAGAAACACAAAAGCAUUGAUUGUGAUUAUGAACGUAAAUAAAAACUGGUUUAGGCCAUCAGAUUUAUUUCAAAGUUGGGCUUGUCUUGUUCAUUUGAAUAAAAGAAGAGUGGUUGUUAUUUUUUAAAUUAAGAGUUGUAAUAGAACUGUGAAUCAGCUGUGGUAUGUAUGGGAUUUGUGUUUUUCUUAAGAUAUCACGCUUACAAAUACUUAUAUUGUAUCAGUUAUGCUGUUGUAUUGCUAAAACAAUUGCACUGAUUUCUCUAGAACCAUAUUCCUUUACAUGCUCUGAAAAGAUGCUGUCAAUCACAGACUCUAGGUGAAACAAUGUUAAAACACUAGCAAGAGUAAUUACAUAGAUUAGAACAUUAAAUAUCCUGUUGUGGGAUGGUAAACUACAAAAUUAUCAUCCCUAGAUUUUAACAUACUAACUCGGAUAAUAGGUUUGAGACAAAACUCGUAUACACUGUUACAUAUCUAUAGAGACACAAGAUAUGAAAAACUUAUUCAGUAAACAUUGUGAAUAAAGUUGAAUCUAAUCAUGAUCAUCUUAACACAUAAAAAGGGAUAAGGAUUGAGAAAACAAUGACUUAAAUUAUUUUACACUCUUUAAAUUUCAAAAUCUAAUGCAUAAAUGAUUAUGUUGGAAAGAAAUGUUUAUAUAUAUGACUAAAAUAAA